CUUUUUCUCGCUCUCUCCCUAAAGCGGUGACUGGAGAGAGGAGUCCAUCUCGUCCCGUAAGGCCGAAAGUAGUAUAGAGAACAGAAAAGAUGCCUCCUCCUGCAAGCAUGUAUAGACAAGCAUGUAUAUACGUACAAAACCAUAAAAAAAAACCACACGCGUACAACGCUAGGCAAAGCAAUCCCCAACAAGGCAACAACCGAUCGAAGGAGAGGAAGCGAAUCGCGUUGGGGAAGACAAUGGCGGCGCAGCUGGUGCAGGUGGUGAGGAGGCUUGGCUAUCGCUUAGCAGGGACAUCAACGGCUCUUUUCAAGCCAACGCCUGCCGAGAGCAAAGCGGAGGUCCAGGCUUUCCUGCAAUCACUUCCUAUUGACUACAAUAAUAUCCAUGGUGAGGCUGCGAGGAUCUAUGAGGGUCUCAAGAGGAAAGGUCCAGAAAUACCCUUGGAUACUGUGACCCUUUGUCUCAAGUCAGCGCGUGACAUCAUCACGAGCAAAUGAUAUUUAGAUCUAUGCUAGUAUGCAUGUAUCUUCUUGCUUAAUUUGUAAGGUCGAAUAGUUCUCCAUAUUUAGAAAUACCUGACAGCCUACCAGAUUGGAGUGUAAGCUUUGGUGCCGGUAUUUAUAGCGGCCUGUGAACCAUCUCGUUCUGCAUUAUG